CAUCAAAAAGAUUACCUCAUUGGUUCAGAUUUGAGGUACAAGCCAAUUGGAUGUGAUGGCAGCAGGUUUUGUGAGGCUUCUGAUUUGUUUAGUGCAGUUCCCAGUCUAACCCUGCCUACCAGGAGCUAGUGCUUGUGUCUGUGUCCCCUCCCUAUUCUGCUGGUUGCAGCAGCCUGUUCAGUCUUUGUGACACUCGAGGGGUAGAGGCAGUAGUGUCCCUUUCUGCUCCUGGAGUCUAUUUGAUAGCCACCCUGUUCUUCCCCUCUCCAGCAAGACACCAUGGACACAGAGGGCUCUGAAAGGCCAUCCAUUUCCAACCAAGCAACAACAGAGGGCCCUGCAACAGUGGUGAAAGGUUCAUUGAACAACCAAACGAAUGGGUCAGCCAAGCCAGGUCUGAAGCUGCCCAGUGGAAGUCUGCCCAAGGCUGGUAUCAAGGGCAAUAGACAACCAAUCUCCAGUCGCCCAGCUUCCACACUACACAGUAGAGUGCUCAGUGGCAGUAAAAAGAGCACUGAGCAAAAGCAAAGAGUUUCCUCGACACAAACCUCACCUGGAUCUUGCACAUCAUCUCAUGCUAAAAUCAUGGAGAAGAAACUGGCUGCCAAGGCGACAAAGGAACAUGUGAGCGGGGCACAUGCUGGAAAUGCAAAUAGUGAUUCAAUCUCUCCAAUGGGAAAGGCUGGAGGACCAAGCAAGGGGGGGCUACCCAUCCCCAACGCUGCUGCUCAAGGGAAGAAUCCAACUCUGCGGCCCAGCUCCACAAUUUCCAAGAAGCCAGUUGCUGCUGUGGCCAAGGUACCUGUUUCGAGACCAGAGAGACCCCUCCAGAGCAAGCCAGCCAGACCAGAUGCCACUACUUCAAGCCACUUGACCCAGAGUACGGGAUCACUGAGGAGACAGCCAGUACCUGUCAGCACAGGAGCACCAAGGAAACAGCCGCUACCGAGAGUUCCUCGUGACCGAUCCCAUCCAGCUCAAUCAGGUGUCCUGUCAACAAAACCUCAAACAGGAAAACCUGUCACCUCUUUGAACAAAGAUGUUAAGUCAGCCACUUCACUGACAACCCGCUCCAGCUCUGAACUCAAAGUCACCCGAGCAGUGAAGUCAACAAAACCGAUGUCUGCAAAACCCUCAGAAGCAGAGGGGAAGACCUUAAAUGCAAGAGUGAAGGGUCAACUGCCUAAAGUGUCUACCAGAUCCACUGCAAGACCACAGCCAGGUAACACCACUUCAAAGAUGUCUGCAGGAAAUGUUCCCAAACAAUCGACUAAACCUUUGAAGAGAAAUGUUGAGAAGCAAUCCUUGCCAAAUAAGAUUCUGUCAUCCUCUGCCAGGAAGCCUAUUUCUGAAAACUACGUUGAUGAGGAAAUGAGGGCUGUAGGGCAGGCAGGAGCUCUGCCAAAAAUGCCAGCUAAGGUAGAGUGUGCAGUGGUCAAUGAGGAAAUGAGUGCAAUACUGUCCAGUGAAGAUGUGACAGUGAUUCCUCAGGGGCACCUAAAGAUCGAAGAAUUUCCAUCUCCCCAGCAAAUGCAGUCAGCCCCUUGCCUUAGCAACACUGAAAUUAUCUUGAUCUCAGCUGAAGAAGUAAAGAUGGAGGAUGAAAAGGUAGAAGCAAACUCUUGGAUGAGAGCAAACACAGUAGCAGAAGCUGAAAAGGAAGAUUCAACAGAAGCUAUUAUUGACUUGGAUGAAGGAAACGAGGGUCUGAGUGACCAAAUGACAGAAGCUGAUUUAAACUUUCAUCAAAAAAAUGAAGAGCAAAGCCUUGGCACUCCUGAUUCAUUCAAAAUGCCUGUCAAAGUGGACUCGAGCAAAACUGAAGCUGAACAGUUUAAUGAUGAGGCCAAUACUCCCAUUAAUGGGAAAACUGAUUUGAACAACUUGCAAGUACAGCAUUUGCUUCCUGAAUCUGGUUCACCAACUUCAGGAAAGGCCAUGUCUCAGAGUUCAACUGAGGAUGGGUCCCCAAUGGAAGAUGGAUCAGCCAACAUCAAUGGCAGUGCUGCCCCUGUGCCAACGCUGCAGGAUCUGGCACCUCGUGCAGGGCCACCUUCAGAAUGUUGUCUUGAUGACAGUUCUCCUGAGAUGGACAGUCAUCUAUCUAAUGUAGAGAAAGUAAAGCUUGGCUUGUAUGAGUAUUCUGAAGAGGCAGAUACAGAAGAAUCUCCUAAUGAGCUUUGCCCUGAAACUCUUCAAAGUGAAGUCAACCAAGAUCACCUCUUUGAAUCUCCAAACCUACUGGAGACCAGACAAACCAGACAGGUGGAGGGUUCUGUCCUGCUAUUAGAGCAGAAGCUGGGAAUUUCAGAGGAGUCACAUGAAGACCAGGGUGUUUCCAAGUCAAGUACACUGAGUGGUCCUGACUUGGCAGGAAAAAGUAGCAGUACCACCAGUACUCCUGAGGAGCUGAAGGACUAUGACAGCAGUUCAGGAGUAGAAUCAAAGUCUGAGAAACUAGAAUCUGGGGACCUUUGUGUUCCUCAGACUAUACUGAGCCCACUAGAUGAUCUGGAUCAGGAUUUGGGGAUUCACUUGGAAAGGGUUGAUGAAGAGCCAGAUACAUUUGCAGCAGAUGAUCUACAUGGUGAUCGCUCAACAGAGCCCAUGGUGUCUUCGGAGGAUGAAGACCACUUGGAGGCUGACUGUGAAAGAGUGAAUGAGUCUGGCCAAUGUGGUUUGGAAGGAAUUGACAAUCCAGUAUUUGAGGACAAAACCACAAUGGACUCUAAAUUGGAAGCACCGAACCACGCUGCUUCCUCAGGCUCCUUCAAACACUUGACUCUUCAUGCUGUGGAUGAGAGUGAAGAACUUACAACAGCUGAGGCUCCUCAUUCCCUUGCUUCUCAAAACUGCAUGCAGUUGGCUGUUGGAUCUUCAACAGAAGUUUCCCCUUGUGGCCAAAGAGCAGGCCUUGCAAUGGACCAUCAGUCUUGUGGAGCUGAAGUAAGCCUUUGUCUUGAGAAUAGUCUUCCUCAGAAUGUGGGAGAUGCUAUUGUUCCUGAAGUGACUUUCUCACCUGUCAAAGACAGUGACCUGGCAGAAACAAAAUUGGAGUCUGAUCAAUCCAAGUCUUGUGAUGUUGAGGAACCUGUUGCAAGAUAUCCAAUGGACCACCUUGAUGAGGGUGUGAUUAAUGUGCAGAAGCUGUCCACUCCUACCACUGAUGCAAAUGGCAAUCACAUGCUGCAUCAGCAGCGGUACUACGCUGCUUGUGAAAAGAAUGAUAGGCUGUUGACAGGUAACGUAUAGAACUUGGUUAAAUGCAAUUGUAUCCAAAGGUAAGCUGACUAAAUCAUGAGGGUAAAGGAUCAGUGAAAUAGAUGUUAAUAUCAGAUGGGAAGCCUAUGACUUGGACUGAAUUCUGCACUGAGCUUGAUUUGCAUGCCUGUAAAUUUUUUUUACCCUAAUCAACAAAUUCUGUAUUAUGCCACUAAAUCAUCUAUUCCAGUAGUGAGGCUGAAAUAUGUUCAAAACUUUUCUCCUCUGGUAGUCACUUUUUUUUUUGGCAUAACACUGGAAUUGGCCAUUUCAAAGAGGGCUUGUCCUCAAAUUACUGCUGUCUGUGUUUUUUUUUGAUUAGGUGCUGGGAAGGUGCAAUUUGGUCUCUGACCUCACCCCUAUCUCCCCAGUCAAGCCCAUGUAAUUGUAAUGAACUGACACAAUUGGCUGAGAAACCAGUUAGCAUGUGUUCAUAGAUGCAUCACUUGUAAUAAAUUUUAGCAUUGAACUGCAA